AUGGCAGCCAAAGGUGCCUGGCUGCUGAGCUCUAAACCCAGGAAAGGUAAAAUUAUGCCUGCCGAGGCGAGGAUCGAGCCCUCCGCAGAUUUAAAGACCCCCUCUGAACCUCUUGCCCUCCCCUCCGCGCCAGGCACCGCUGCACCGCACAGGGUUCGAGCCCUCCCUGCGCUGCGAGUCCUGCAGAAAACUGCCCCCGCCGGGGGCCAACGCCGGCCCCGCUCUCCGCCCGCGGAGCGCCAGCGGGGCCGAAGUCGGGGAUUUAGAGGGGUGACCCUCCCCGGGCGCGGGGAAAGACUGCCGGGCACCGCUGCCCUCAAGGUCACCAGGCGCCGAGGGCCCUGGGCGGGGACUCCCGGCCGGACCCCGCGCCACGGCUCACGCCGAGAAACCCGCUCACCUUUACGAUCUCUCUGGGCGGGCGCGGUGCUCCCACCUGCGAAGGGGCCCCCCGCACGCCCCGCCAACUUCGCUCCAGAAUCCGCGCAGUCCGCGGAACACCCACUUGUCAGGACCCCCGCCGCGACGCCCCGACCUCCGCGCGGCGGCCGCCACUCACCUCGCCCGGCAGCAGGAACCAUUUUCCGAGGGGGAAAGGAAGGGGAGGCUGCGAGAGGGUCGGGGGAAGGGGACGGUGAGGACGGCGGCCAACGCAGAGAACCGGGACUCGGCCGGUGCGCAGGCGGCUCGCAGGACUCCGGGCGCCACGCGGAGGUUCGGCUGCACCUCGAGGAUGAAGCGGCCGUGGAGCCACAAGCUCGGCGUCCACCAGCCGGGGCUCCCUACUCACGCUGCACUGCGAGGAGGCGGCGGCGGCGGCGGAGGAGGCGGCGCCCGGCCCGGCCCCCGCCCAGAGCCCGGCAGCAGCCGAGUGGCCGCCCGCGUCCCCGCAGGACCCGCCUCCUGGGCUCCGCAGAGCCGCACACAGGGCGCGCCGCGCUCAGCACGGGCAGUUCUGCCGGCCUCACGCCGCCGUCCGCAACGGCGGCCGCGGGCAGGGUGCAGCCCCCUCUGGGAGCCCGGCAGUCCGCCCUGCACGAGGCGGGGCCCGCGGCCCCCGGGGAGUGGACGGCCGAGCACGAGGGGGCUGCGAGAAGCUUCAGGCAGGGGCCCCGUCUGCACCGGGUGGCGCGAAAGAUUGCCGGGGGCGCAGGGGAAGGAGAACUCUCACCCGUUCCGGUCCGGCGCUCCCUUCUCUCCACACCCUCUCGCCUCCAGCUCCACGCUGGCGGCACAGCUGCUGCCACUGCCGCCGCCGCCGCCGCCGCCAAAGCUAGCGCCGCCGCCGCCGCCGCCGCCGCAGCCCUGGCUAGGCGCGGUCACGUGACGCGGCCCGCGGGGAGCCUGGGGGCGGGCAGACGCGCGCGCGGGAGGAAGCGCGGCUCGAACGGGGACUGGGAACCCGGCGACGCGGAGAGGGCGUUUAAGGGGAGGACCCGGCGAGCUCGCUCCCGGCAGGCGAGCGCGUACGCGGCAACUAGAGCUUGCCGCGCGGUGGCGAAAGGGUGUGAGGGGCGGGGGACUCGCGCCUCCGCGCGCCCCUCCCGCUCUUCCUUCGCCCGGCGCCUCGGCCGGCCGCUUCCCCCGCCCCCUCCUGUUCGCCUCUUUCCUCCAGCCGCUGCCGGCGAUUGGCUGAGAGGCUCUGACGUCCGUGUUUCCAUGACGUAUCGGGGCAGGGGGGCGGAGGGGGAGGAGGGGGUGGAUCGGGCGCGCCGGGCAGUGACUUCGUCAGGCACAGCUGCAGUUUCAGCGCGGGUCGCGGCGUCGCCCGCGGCUCCCGACGCCGAGAGCGAUGACUGCCGCAGGCGGACUCCGGCGCCUUCACCUGGAGCCGAGCCCGAGCCACCCCCAGCCAGCGCCCCUUCGAGCCCAGGAGCCAGGCGGGCUGGGGCCAGCUCUCCGGGCGUGCAUAGGUUAAGGCUUACGCCCGCGUCCGCUGACCCUUGAGCACCUCCUCGCCGCGUCUCCGCUCCACUCAGUGCCGGACUCGGUGCCUGUCCCGGGCCGUGACGCAGGCGCCAGACGACAAAAGUGCCUCCCAGCUCUUUCCCUCCUUGGGCAGGGCCGCGCAGACCCCGCUCCGGGAGCCCCUCUCUCGCUUCCUGCGGGUCGGGCCCGUAAGACUCCGGGGGUCCCAGCUGCAGCGCCCAAAGGGUUAACGCGUUCGGCGGAUGCAAACUGGCCUGUCAGGAUCUGCGCUCCGAGCACCCGUGUUUUCGUUUAGGGUUUGCCCUUUCUACGUAUGCCAAGCCAUUGGCUCAUUUGUAGCAUCUUGACCCAACACCCUUCUUUCGUGGGAGGGAAAGGAAAAUGAAAAAAAAAAAAAAAACCACGGGUAUUAAAUAAUAAUAAAAGGUAACCUGACUGGCCCCAACCUUCAAGAGAUUUUGCAAGUUAAUAAAAAAGAAACCACUGUGAUGACAUCUUUAAAAAUAAAACGGUUUUUCCUUCCUACUUAACACAUGCACACGUGUAUUGGUGUCUUACCUAAGACACU